CUAGUUUUCCGUUUUCCACUCCCCUCUAAGAACACCCCUAGACAGUCUUGAGAAAUUUCUCUUUGAUAGUAAGGUACUUUAUUGUUAUCCAGAAACGAUUUGAUACUGAGAUAAAAACGGCUGCAUUGAACCUUUAAAUCAACUUUGAAAUUCGCACGCUUUUAUACACGUGAGCCUCGGCGUGCUUGUGCAGAAGUAGGAAAGAUGGCUGCUUGUGCAAUACGACGAGGCUUCCUGACUGUUGUUAGUAAAUACAACAAGAAACAGACACAUAGAAUAUUGGGUGUUAUUGAAGGGAGUAGUGGACUUGAGGUGAAGAGGCCCCGGUUACCGUGUUUAGCAUGUGGAUUGCCCAACAUUCAGCAGACGAGGUUCAUGUCGUCACGGAACAGGCCGGAGGGGAAGGUUCUGGAGACGGUGGGAGUGUUUGAGGCGCUGAAGCAGCACGGCAAAUAUGAAACAGGCCAGCUCUUCCUUCAUAGUGUGUUUGGCUACAGAGGGAUCGUGUUGUUCCCCUGGCACGCCCGUAUCUAUGACCGGGAUAUCAUUCCUCCCAUCUCUGACGGCAAGCCAGAGCCUCCUGGUUCUCACGGGUCAAAAGAGGUGAAGGGGAGAACUCAUACCUACUACCAGGUCCUCAUCGACACGCGGGACUGCCCUCACAUAUCUCAGAGGUCUCAGACCGAAGCAGUGACGUUCCUGGCGAACCAUGACGACAGCAGAGCCCUCUAUGCCAUCCCAGGUCUGGACUAUGUGAGUCAUGAAGACAUCCUGCCCUACAACUCCACAGAGCAGGUCCCCAUCCAGCACGAGCUGUUUGAGCGCUUCCUCAUGUUCAGCCCUGACAAAACCACCCCAGCUCCCCCGUUCAGUGCGAGGGACACUCUGAAGGCAUGGCAGGAGAAGAAUCAUCCCUGGCUGGAGCUGUCCGACGUGCACAGAGAGACGACGGAGAACAUCCGGGUCACUGUCAUCCCCUUCUACAUGGGCAUGAGGGAUGCUCAAAAUUCUCAUGUGUAUUGGUGGCGGUACUGCAUCCGCCUGGAGAACAUGGGCAGUGAGGUGGUGCAACUGAGGGAGAGACACUGGAGGAUCUUCAGCCUGUCAGGCACGCUGGAGACGGUCCGGGGACGGGGGGUCGUAGGAACCAGUGUUGUCCAAAGAGCAGCCAGCCUUCCAGUACAGCAGCCAUGUUUCCCUUCAAGCACCCAGUGGACACAUGUGGGGAACCUUCCGCAUCGAGAGGACGGACGGCUCCCACUUUGAUGUGCGCAUUCCCCCGUUUUCCCUGGAGAGCAACAAGGAUGACAAGGCACCCCCGGCUGGCUACACCUUCUGAGGCAACGCAGCAGCAGGGGCAUGUCCCUCAGCGCAGUCGAACAGCCAAGCCAUCCUUAGGAACGGAUCAACCCUUCCUCUGCUACUUCUUCCUCAUUGAUAUUUUAAGAAACUGAUUUAUUUGAGCACAUUGAAAUGAGAUGUUCAAUGAAAAGGGACAAAAAUUGGCCUCCCAACAUUUGUAGCUAAUGAGAACUUUUGCUUUUUAGUGGGAAGGACAAGCGUUCGGUCACAGAGGUUGUUGCUUGAGAUCGUUCUGCAUAGGCAGAAUGGCACGGUGAGCACUGAUGGUAUUUGCAUUUAUUAUUAUGAGUGGGAAUGAAUUAUUCCAAUGGUUUCUCUCAGCCAUAAUCGCUUGACCCAGAGGUAGACGUCUAAAACCAGCCUCCCUUGGUGUAUUUUAUUGGUGUUUCUAAAUGGUUCAAAUCAGCAGACCUGGUGGGAAAUCAUCGAAAGGACUUUACUAAAGCCAAAUAGAACGUGUCCAAUAGGAGCCCUACUCUUUUAAGAGACCUCAGUCAAGUCUAGACCUCCGUGUUGCUCUGUAUAGUAUUAUGCAAAUGACUGUUGUGCCUGUUUGGCUUGUCUGUCUCUUUGAGCCUCCCUGAUGGGGCCUGUUUGGCUUGUCUGUCACUUUGAGCCUCCCUGAUGGGGCCUGUGGUGAAACAUGUAGAAAAGGGAAAGGGAACCUUGGUUAUGUCUCAAAUGGCACCCUAUUCCCUAUGAAGUGCACUAUAUAGGGAAUAGGUUGCUGUUUGGGAUGUUACCAUUGAACGGAACAAGAAAGUGGAAUACAGGGGGAGUCAGUGAGCUAAGGAUGUCGUAGUGACCCCCAUUGAUGUUACCAACCUGUAGGUUUUGUCUGAUAUGAGGGCCGGGUUCAGGAGAGUGAUCUGUUUCAGGUAUGAAUAUCAUGCAUAGAGCAGACAUGGUUCCUCAUUCGACAUGACGGCGAAUCAUGUCUGUUCCACACAAUGUAUUUAGAUCUGAACAUUUCAUGUUGUUAUUUGAGCGUGGUGUGUGUUGGUGAGGGAGGUGUCUGGGAGACGGACCGGGUGCUAUGCUGCUCGAGUCUGUCGUGUCCAACCCUUUGAGUCAGUUCUGUGGGUUGAAGUCUGUUUGAUUUUUGCCUUGUUUAGGGAAGAAACUUUUUUUGAUAAGUGAUUUGAAAUGACUGUGUAAUGGUUGAAUGAUGUUCCGUGACAAAGUUGUAAAGACAAAUAAAUGUACAUUUUAAAGA